AAAUGAAAUUAGUGAAUGCGUUGCCUGAAAUCAGCUCCUGGUCGUACUGAAAUCCAGCGGUGGUGCUCUUCCGACCGCACCAUGUGGUGGUUCAUCGUUUCCGUCUUGGCUGGUUAUCUCAUUACUUUCAUUAUCCUCGAGGUGGACGAGAAGGCGCGGGAGCUGGACCGGCUGCAGGAGGAGGCGUCGGCGAGCAGCUGCCGCUGCGACCCCCGCACGCCAGAGCGAGCCGACGUCCCCGCCACGGAGGCCUGGGCCGUAGAGACGGCGCUCACCCGCAUCGCUCAGCUCGUCUCCAACGUGCCGCAGCAGCACGAGCGCAUCGUGGCUGAGAUGCAGCGGGCCGUGGACCGCAGGAAUGCAGAGCUAAUGGCCGAGCGAUCCCGCCAGCUGAUGGAGUGCCACAAGCAGCUGCGUGCGGCGCUGGUGUCGCAGGGAGACAGCCCUGUGAAGCGCCAGCAGGGGGCGGUCGUUUCCAGUCCGCAGAGCCAGAUGCAGCAGCUCCAGCAGAAGCCGACGGCCGGCGAAGUUGUCUUCGACCAGAAGCUGCGUCCGUGACGCAGCACAUUUCGUAGCAGUACAGAGACGUCGGAGGCCACUUAAAAUUCGCACAGUCUACCAAACGCUGAACGAAACUACGUGAAAUAAAUAAAUGGUACUUCAUUAUCUUCUUUG